AUGACCGACAGUUCUCAACUUUCGAGCAGUAAAAGACAAAUUCUUAAAGAAACAUCAUCAGAAGUUACUAACACUAUAUUCAACUCAAUGAUUUUCGAAUCAAUUUUAGAUUUUUAUAGACAAACGUCAGGUUUUCCUGAUGCUAGACCAAUUCAGGAACUCACAUCAAUUGCACCAUUAACACCUGAACCAACAUUUAUUAUUCAUAAUCAGCCUAGUUCAGAUAUUGAAUAUUGUAACUGUUUAUACUGCAAUGAACAGAUUCCUCAGUCAAAAUAUUUAUCACACUUACGUACACAUAAUGAUCAAAAAGUAUUAUUUGACGCAAUUAGUAAUCUUUUUGAUUGA